UUUUGACGGCGACUUGAAAACUGCAGUCAGAUAUUGUCCCCAAACAAGCUGCAAAGAUGACAUCCGUGCAAGAACUUAAAGCUGUUCUGAAAGAGACCUUAGAAUCCAGAGGGGUCAUGGGUCAAAUCAAGGCCAGAGUUCGCUCGGAGGUAUUCCAUGCCUUAGAUGACCAGAGCGACCCUCGACCUCCGCUCAGUAAUGAGAAUAUGCUAAUUAAUGAACUGAUCCGAGAGUACCUGGAAUUCAACAAAUAUAAAUACACAUCAUCGGUGCUUACUGCAGAAUCUGGCCAACCACAGACGCCACUCGACAGGGAGUUUCUGGUCAACGAACUCAACAUUACCGAAGACAGAGAUACAGCUUCUGUUCCCCUCCUCUACAGCAUCUUGAGCCACUUUGUACACAGCAAGAAAUCUUUGCCGAGCCGAGACACAGCAAGAUCCUCAAAGGUGUUAAAUACUGACGGCAGGCACACUGAUCAUCACAGAGUACCCAUGGCUACCCAAGAUGGGGUGUACCAUGGGUCCCAUGGAGAGCCUUUGGUUUUCAAAGGAGGCAGGAGGUAGCAGAAGUAUAUCUUAGAAAUCAAUGUACAGAAAUAGUAAUUAGUAAUAACAGUAAUAAUAUUGUGGCCUUGAUGUCACACCUGACGGGCGUCUCAUAAAGCGCUCAGUAUUUUCAGGACAAGUAUUCAUUAGCUUUGUUUGAAUUAUGAAACACAUGUAUGUAGCACAUUGUUGGUGCGUUCGUUUAGCUUCCCUGGGUCGACCCCGUCGUGUGGCGUUUUUUCUUUCCAGAGCGAACGUGUGCAGA